AUGGUUGCCCAAUGGUUGCCGGUACUGUCGAACAUAAUACCUCCAGAACUGAGGAGGUUAAUGAAGGGUCAUCAGGAAGUAACAAAAGUAAUGAACAACCCUGAACUACCAUUAUAUAAUGACAUCAUCUCACACCCCCAAAAAAGACUGAAGUCAAGACAUCCUAUCUGGGACCUGACAUUCCCGAAAGAAUCAAUACCCGAGGUGUGGAAAAAUCGUUGGAAAGAUUCAGGAGUGCAAAACUCAACAUUGAUUGCAGACCCAAUGAUGAGAGUCCCGGGAUUCAACCUGCCCAGACACUUAUGGACAGCUUUAAACAGAGCUAUGACUAAUCAGGAUAGAAGUAAAAGUCUCUUAUAUAAAUGGAGUAUGACCAAUUCUCCCUUGUGUGCGUGCGGAGCAGAACAAACCAUUCAACAUGUCAUUGAAGAGUGUCCUAACACUAAGUUCAACGGGGGUAUAGCAAGACUCCACAAGGCUGAAGAGGAUGUAGUAACGUGGAUAAAUAACCUGGAGUUUCGUUUGUGA